AUGUUCCAAGAAGUGCCUCGAGUAACAGAAUUAGAACUAAGUGCGACUAUCGCAGCUGUAAAUAAGGCGAUUGCGCUUUUCAAGAAUUGCUCUGAGUUCAGCGCAAAGAACUUGUGUUUGGCGCAAAAAAUCGAUCAACUUAGUGUCCAACGUUCUGAAUUUCAUUCAAACUUACAAAAAUCAUUAAGCCUGAGUUCAAGACUUUACCAUCGUGCCGGCGAUGUGUUUAUAUUUUUGGAAACUCUUGAAAACCCAGAGUACGGAGCUGAUGACAUCGCUUAUACUUUAAAUACGCUUUUGGAGGACGCGCGAAUUAACAAGGCAGAUGCAGAAAAAUUGACCAACUCUUAUGAAAAUACAAGAACAAAGUUAUCGGAUAUCUAUAAUGAAAUCCAGAAGCAUAAUGUGAAGAUUUUGUUAAAUCAAAAAUUAAAGCCGGUGAAAGUAAAUGAAUUGAGAGAAAUAACCGAUAAAUCUAAUUAUUUUUCGAAUCAAUCCAUAACCUUUGGAACGCUUGUUCUCGUUUUUUUCUAUCCCGGAUGUACAAUACCGCAAAUAUUUGUUAUAUUAUUUAUAGUUGCUAUUGUUGCAAUUUAUUGCGCAAUUAGUUCAUUUCUAUUAAACGAAAAAGCGGAAAAAUUGAAAGAAGAGAUACGUCAAAUUGAUGUGAAUCUAUAUGAUAGAGAUGAAAAUAUAGAUUCAUUGAUCAGAAAUGUUUUGCAAAUAGUCGGUAAGGUUUCUACACUCGAGAUUUACUGGAAAGAAGAAGAGGCUAUGAUCAAUGAUAUCAUCGCAAAAUUUCAAUCUGAUCCCACCAAGUUUGGUUUGAUAAAAGUGGUAUUAAAGAAACGUUGGGAAAAGGUACGAUAUCAAUGUCACGAAUAUAAUACGCGAAUUCAUUGCGCUUUGGGUAAUACAGAAACUCCUCAAUCCGGAAGCUCAUCACGCUUUGCAUAA